AUGGCACAGCCUGCCGCCGAUGAGUUUGCCUCAUCAGCGCAGCCUGCUGCCGCGAACUCAAAUGAAGGCUCGAAGUCUGCAUCUCGUACCGGGACGCCGGCAUCUCGACUGUCGCCAGGAGCAGCACCUUCAUCGUCGGGGUUUCAAGCUGUCAAUUCUCGCGCCAUCCACGAGAAUGCACAACGACCUGACAGCCCAGCGGCCGCACAACGACUGCGUGAUAGCUCGUCUGACCUGACACCGCCAGCCGGUGACGCCGUGGUCGCACAAGGCGCUCCACAAACAGCACAAACUUCAGCAUCUUCGCACCCAUCGAAGCUGCCUUCACAAGUCGACAAUCUGGAUGGCACGAUGGCCGAAACCACAUACGGCACACGCUCGCGCAACCGGACAAACACGCGCCCUAAUUACGCCGAGGAUCAGGAUAUGGAUUUCGAGUACUCUUCUGCUGCCACUACCACGACGAAGAAGAAGGCGGCCGCGCCUGACGCUGCGGCCUCGGCUGGCAUCAGCAAUUCCGACUCGAAGCGCGCCCAGGAGCCGGCGUCGUCUUCUGCAGUCAACAACAAUGCCAGCAUCGGUUCAGGCGCCAAGGAAUCGACUCCAGCCCAUGGAUCCGGCGCUGCCACGGGAACUUCGAAGAAGCGGAAAGCUGCCGGAAUGCCUGCCUCUGCAUUGCAAACGCCAGCGUCGUCGACGCCACCCCCGGCCGCGUCGCGAAAGUCGGCAGGAGUGGUUCCGUCGAAUGCGGCACGUGAGACUAGCAUCAUGACGUUCAACAAGCACAGGAGCUGCCUCAAUAAAAAGGGCGAACUCGUGGCAGACGACGGCACGAAGCUGAGCGUUAAUGAUCACGUGUACUUGGUAUGCGAACCGCCAGGCGAUCCGUACUAUCUAUGUCGAAUCAUGGAGUUCUUGCAUGUCGAGGCCGACAACCCAAACUCACCCAUUGAUUCGUUACGGGUGAAUUGGUACUAUCGACCUCGAGAUGUGCAACGAUUCAGCAGCGAUACGCGACUACUGUUCGGCACGAUGCACUCGGAUAUGUGCCCACUUACCUCAUUACGAGGCAAGUGCACGAUCAAGCACCGAUCAGAGAUUGAGGAUCUGGAAGCGUACCGAAAGGAGCGCGACAGUUUCUAUUUCGUGCAGGUGUUUGAUCGUUUCAUCCGACGAUCAUACGAAUGCAUUCCGGUCCAGCAGAUCAUCAACGUUCCGGACAAAGUCAAGAAGGCCCUCAACGAGCGAUGGAAGUUUGUGGUUGUUGAGAUUGGUCGUGUCAAGGAGCUCACCAGCGCCGCCAAGACAUGCAAGAGAUGCGCGAGAUUCUGUGCUACGACCGACUCUGUGGACUGCGCGAUAUGCAAGAACUCCUACCACAUGAAUUGCGUCCAGCCACCUUUGCCCAAGAAGCCAUCCCGCGGUUUCGCAUGGGCCUGCGCGCCUUGCAGCCGCGCAUCUGAGAAGAAAAUGGAAGCUCGCAACACUCCAACGGCUAGUGGCCAUGUUACCGAAGCUGAAGAAGAAGAUGUCGUAGAGGAAGAAGUCCCCGCUGCCUCAAACGAUACUACUCGGGCCCCUAGCCCAGGUGGCGACGAUAUGGUCGUGGAUGAUCACCCGGCGACGCAAGCAGAGAUCGCCCUGGCUAAGAUGUGGCCUAUGCGAUAUUUGGGAAUCCACGCUCGUGUUGAGGAUGCCCUUCAGUACGACGACCGUGCCAUCUAUCCUCGCGCCAGUUCUAGGCUUGGACCGCGACAUCAGGCCAACACGAAUAUGUGGCAUGGACGGCCGGUUGAACUUGUCAAACCUGCAGAGAUCAAGAAGCGCUACAACAAGGGCGCUUCAGGGAAGAAAGAAGGCAAACUAACGAAGGAGACUGUCGCCGCGAUGGAAGCAGAUCGUGAAGAGAAAGCCAAACGGCCUAAAUGGGUGCAGGACGAGCCGACUGGCUAUGUCGCCAGAGGAGAGGAUUACCCGAACGAUGAUCCUCGGUGCACGGCCAAAUUGAUGUUCAAGAUGCCUUCAAUUCAGGAACAUCCCAAAGCCAUGAGGGGAGACGACCCAGACCCUGCACAACGACAGGAGAAGUACAUCCAGGACUACGUCACUCGAGCGAAAGCUCUCUCAAGACAAGUCGGCGUGCCGCCGUUCGGAACGAACUUUCUCGACAAAGCUCUUGAAUUGCUGACAGCCGAGAAGUACGACCAAGAUAGGGCGCUCAAGAAAUUGUCGAAGGUGGACAGAGUCAAAGAUCUACAUGAGCCGGUGCUUAGCAAGUCUGACCUGAUCAAGUUUGAGGAGGGCGUGGCGAAGUACGGAUCUGAACAUCGGCUCAUUCGACUGCAUAUGAAGACGAACCUUCCCAACUCCGACAUUGUACGAUUCUACUAUCUCUGGAAAAAGACGCCCAAAGGACGCGAGAUUUGGGGCAACUAUGGUGGUCGUAAGAAGCGGAAGGCCGAGAGUGAUACCGGCGCCAGACUGCAAGCUGAGGUCGCCAAUGAUGGAGACGAUUCGGCAUUCGACAAUGACAAAGCUGCACGGAAAGGUAGGGGCUUCCAGUGCAAGUUUUGCAGCACACAAUACUCGCGGCAAUGGAAACGAGCUCCUGGCGUGGCGCCUGGUCAGACAGCCCUUGCCGAAGGCAAAGGAUCUGGCAAGGACAAGAAGGAGCGUCCAUUUCUGGCUCUUUGCUUACGAUGCGCUGGGCUUUGGCGCAAGUAUGGCAUUCAGUGGGAGGAGAUUGAUGAAGUCACAAGGAAGGUGGCUCAGAGUGGAGGUAAAGGUCUCAAGCGCAGGAUGGACGAGGAGCUGUUGCGAGAGCUCAUUGCGGCCAAUGAUGCAGCGAACUUACUACCACCAGAGCAAGCUGUUGCGUCAGUGCCAUCGAUUGAAGGUGGCGAACCCCCGAAGAAGAAGUCUAAGACGGAGAAGGCCGCUCAGCAAAUUCCUGUGGCACCCCCCAAGCCUGAGAAGCCUCCUCCGCCACCGAAAGAACCAACACCACCUCCCCCGCCGAUCGUACCGAAUCAGCCUACUUGGAAGGCGUUGCCGUGCGCAAUCUGCAAAGGCAUCGAGGAUACGAUUGGAUGCACACAUUGCAAGUUGACUGUGCAUCGGAAGUGUUUUGGUGUUGGCGAGUUUGAUGGCGUGCGAGCGAAUGGCGAAACACAUUGGGUCUGCGAGCAAUGCCAAAACGACAAAAAUCCACAGGUGUCCACGGAUUAUGCUUGCUGCCUGUGCUUGAAGGAAGAGACGCAGGUCGAUCUCGUUGAGCCGCCAAAGAUUUCUCAUAAGAAGAAGACCGACCGUGAACGAGAGAAAGAGCGCCUUGAAAAAGAGCUCGCGGACAGUCUGCGCACAGAAUAUCGCGCUCGACAGAUUGCCCACAAUCGACCUGUCCUGCCGCGUGAGCCUCUGAAGCGAACGACCGGCAACAAUUGGGUCCACGUCCAAUGCGCCAUGUGGAUGCCGGAGGUCAAGUUCAGUAGCGCAAGCGCACUGGAAGUGGCCGAAGGCAUCCAGUCCAUUGCGCAAAGGCGCUUUGAAGAGGUGUGCAAGUUUUGCAAGAACAAAGACCACCAAGGUCGGGUCCGAAGCAAUGCAGGCGCUUGCGCAGAUUGCUUUCAGUGCGGAACGAGCUUCCACGUAAGCUGCGCUCUUGACGCUGGAUGCACUUUUGGCUUCGACGUCACGCCAGUUAAAAACUCGCGCAAGGACCAAGUUCCGACUGCAACAUUGGGAAGUGAGACUGGCGCAGUACAAGCUAUCAUGCUUUGCAAAGAGCACGUUCCCAAGAACCCUCUUCAUCCUAUCAAUGAAGUGGUCGAUGAGAACGGCACAACAGCACUGCAGGUUUUUGCUGAAAAGUACAAGCAGGCAGAUCUGGCUCUGACUGGGACGGUGCGCAAAGCAGCGCAGGCGCAGCUCACGAAAGAAAAGGGCCUUCCAGCUACUGACAAGAAUGGUAGCAGGAGAGAAUCUGGAGCGCAUAGUAUCGCGGCAGCUGUUAGGCGUGGCGCCAGAAACUCGACAGUGGCAGAACUCAAGGCCGAAGCGACCAAUGGAUCAUCUGACGGGGAGAGCGAUACGCAUCAGCGCCGUUGUGUCAAGUGUGAUGUGGACGUAACGCCCAAAUGGCACCCCAUCGUCAAAGAAGAGCCGCCCAAAUCGCCUAGGGAUCAGAAUGCCAUGACUCUGGGUGAGAUCGCCGACCUCAACAAGCCUUCAGAACCACCUGCGAGUCGUCCAUCUGAGGCGCCGAAGCCACAGCACAUUCGCUUCAUGGCACCUGGCGCUAACGGUCGUGCUUGGGAGGGCAUGCCAGAGCGUUAUGGUCCGCGACCUACGCCAAGUGGUGAUCGCAGCUCGAGCGAUGUAGGGGUUCCUGUUGGUACUCCUGUUCGAGAUCCUUUGGCACCACCAACCGAAGUCAACGGCGCCGGUGACGAAGUUUUCCACAACCAUGCUUUGCCACAGUACCAGAAUCCCGCAGCACGCUUGAGUCCGCCAAGAGGCGAGAAACAGCAUGCACAGAACAUGCAGCCUCAAGAGUGGUUAUGUCACAAGUGUUUCUUGAAGAGGAAGCUGGAUCCUACACCACCGCCUGAGGAGAAGCCGAGCAGGAUGACUCUUUCACCACCACGGCAGUUCCCACUUAUACUUGAUAACACAAAUCGCUCACCGCAGCCCUCAGCACCGCCAACGAUCGAGCAACAAUUCGAGCUGUGGGAUAGGCCGCCGCAGAGGCAGACACCAGCACCUCCUCCGCCGCCGCCGCCGAUGAUGAACGGUCUUGGUCCACCAGCACCGCAUUAUGGCCCAACCGGUCCGCCUCAUGGCUAUCCACCUCCUCCACACUUUGGCCAGCAGCCUAACGGCUAUCAUAACGGACCACACCCUCAACAUGGAGGCCCGCCACCGCCUCACUUGGGUGGUCAUUCGAUGCAUGAACGGCAUCACAGCCAUGGCGGAUUCGGAUUCGGCCAUGCGUCACCACAUAUGCCUUUCUCACAGCCUUCUCACGCACCUCCGUCCCAUCACCGACCUCCGACAUUGAAUGGAUUUGGACCGCCUGUGCAUGGUAAUGGCUUACCAUCACCCCAUACAUCUGCGCCUCCACUACACUCGCCGACGUAUGGACCUCAUAUGUCACAUCACCAACCGCUGCCAGGACCGCGUCCAGAGCCUGGCUUUGCGACACAAUUGCAGCCACUUGGCACUCCAAUGCACAGUAGAGACCAUGCAGGAUUCGGUAGGCCACCCUCACAGCCAUUCGUGGAGAGUGCAUCCCGUCCUCGAACCCAACCACCGCCGAAUGCGCAGCCCGCCGUGUCGAAUGGUCAUCCGCACAGCACGCCGCAGCCACAUGCAGGAAGCCCAGUCCCUGGCAGUGAGCAGCCCUCGACGCCUCGAGUAGGAAAUGGUGCUUUUGGGCCCAAUCCAUCAGGCGCCAGCGCUUCGCCCAAUCUGAUGAAUCUUCUUCACUAG